AUGAACGUUCUGCUCACACCACAACCCACGCCCUUUCCUCACCAAUACGAAACAUCACGACUAUCACCUCCACGAUCUCAUUCUCCCUACACAAACAUGACUUCCCGCAAGCGAAAGGCCGACGACAAUGAGGGUGACGAGAUGUCAGUGUCGCCACUGAGCUCACCUGCGAUCCCGUCGAGACAGCUUUCCAGACCCUCAAAAAAGAUUAGAGCCGCCGAGGCCUCAGGACGUCCACUCCCAUUACCUAGACUACUUGAGACGCUUGACACGACACAGCUCCGAACGGUCUUGCAAAAGAUCUGCGAGCGACAUCCGGAUAUUGGACAGGAGGUCGUCAACAGCGCCCCGCGCCCUUCUGUCGGUUCGGCGCUCGGCAUCCUGCGAGAUUACCAGCAAAGGCUACGGGCAGCGAUCCCAUAUGGCCAAACGAGCUCAGACUAUACCUAUUACCGGGUCAAGCAGCCGCUCAUGGCGCUCGUGGAUGCCAUCUCAGAUUUUACACCGCAGUUUCUGCCGCCGAUAGAAACACAAGUCACCGCUUCGCUGCAGUAUCUUGACGGAGCCACAAAGGUUGUGCAUGAACUGCCGGAUUGGGACAGCCAGGCUUACCGGCAGCACAAAGACAACGCAUAUGAUGAGAUUUCGAGGGCCUGGGCUCUAGUCAUCACGGAGGCCUCAAAACGAGGUGGAGGCUUCGUCUUGCACACAGGAGGCUGGGAUCAGCUGCUGGCUAAACACAACCAGCAGUCGGGUGGAAGGCUAGGGUCUGCAAUGCAGGCCAUGGCUAGCAAUGGAUGGAUCGGCAACAGCAACCCCAACAACCCGAAUGGCUCCGCUUCAUCACCGUCCGGCUCCGGAGCCGGAGGCGACUCAAACUCUAUACUUAACCAGCUGGUAAACGGCACAUACGGCAAUCCUGUUCGUGUCGGGCCGUGGUAG